AUGUUAAAUAUUCCAAAUUCAUAUUCUUCGUUUCUCGUUAACACAUUGAAUCAUUCACCUCAGCAGAAUUCUCAUGCAUUUUCUCAUUAUCGUGAAAAAGAUGGUUAUUUUUCACAUGCCACAGCUGGAUUACAGAACGGUGAUAAAACUGACAACGAUGAUGAUGAUGAUCAAUAUUUAACACCUCUUGCCGGUACCGCUUUUUCAGCAUUAGUUCCAUCAUUGAUACCACAAAAGUUUUUACGUAAAACAUCAGUUGACGAUGAAACAGUUACCUAUGAUGAAUUUGGAUUUCGAAUUGAACCGUAUGAAGGAGAAAGUAUAGAUGAAGAAAAUCACCAGAACCAUCAAGAAGAACAUGAGCCCUUUAUUGAAAAUGAACAACAAAAAUUAAAAUGGUUAACCUAUUUAGAUUCAGUGUAUCAUCUAGACGUUGUCAAUGGUAUUAUCGAACAGCAACUACUUCUACUUGAACCACAACAAAUUAGACAAGAUAAUAAAAUUCAUAAACUCUUAUCCGAAUCUUCUAUGGGCAUACCACAUUCUCAACGACCUCUUCUAUGGAUGUGUAUAAGUGGAUGUUUGAAAAAAAAAUAUUCAACUAAAUUGAGUUAUUCAGAUAUUCUCAAACAUUGUAAUAAUGAGGAACAAUUAUAUUCAAAACAAAUUGAAAAAGAUCUUUUAAGAACAUUACCUUCCAAUGUUUGUUUUAUGAAUAUGAAUUCAAGUGGAAUAUCGAGAUUAAGAAGAAUAUUGAGAGCAAUUGCAUGGCUAUUUCCAGAUAUUGGUUAUUGUCAAGGUACAGGUGUUAUAUGUGCUACAUUGUUAUUACUCUAUGAAGAAGAAGAUACAUUUUGGAUGAUGUGUACACUUGUUGAAGAUCUUUUACCCGGUCAAUAUUAUUCUGUUUCACUCUUUGGUGUUCAAGUUGAUAUUCGUGUAUUUCGUUAUCUAAUUCAAAUAUAUUUACCACAAGUUAACGAAUUAUUUCUUAAACAUGAUAUUGAUUUAACACUUAUCUGUUUUCAAUGGUUUCUCACAUUAUAUUCAAAUGUAUUUCAUAUUCGUCUUACUCUAAAAAUAUGGGAUCAUUUUUUCUUAAAUGGUAAUAUUGUUUUAUUUCAAAUUGGUCUUGCAUUACUCAGACAACAUGAAGAUAUUUUAUUGAAGUUAGAUAACAGUGCUCAAAUAUUUAAUUUUUUAUGUGAAUUACCAUCAUUAUUUGAAUUUAAUCCACGAACAUUAAAUGUAGAAACAUCACAAGGUUUAACACAACAUCAGAUUGAUACAUAUAGAACAAAAUUUAUGGCUGAAUUAAUGUCAGCUGAAGGUUUUACAAUUAAUCCAAAUGCACAAAUCACAAAUUUACCGAAAGAUAUUUUACAACGACGACAAGGUUUAAGAGGUCUGUACAGACGUUUUACUAAUUCACAAACUCAGUCCAUUCAAUCUUUAGGCGAACGUAAUAUUCAACAAACAGAAAUGUUAGUAAAUCUUCGUGAUUCCAUUUUAAAAAUUGCCAAACAUUUUAAAGACAACGAUAUAACAAAUUCUUUCACAUAUGAUUUAAAUGUUGAUUAUUCUAUUGAAUCACAUGUUAAAGAUCAUGAACAUUAUGCAAAUAUUUCAUUAUUAAAAUGUAAACGAGCAAAAGCACUACUCGAUUUUGAAUGUCAAGACUCAAAUGAAUUAGGUUUUAAAAGGAAUGAUAUUAUUAAAAUAUUAUCAAUGAAUGAUGAACAUUGUUGGAUUGGUGAAUUAAAUGGUAAACAAGGAUGGUUUCCAGCAAAAUUUGUACAACUUGUUGAUGAACGAUCAAAAUCUUAUUCAUUAGCUGGUGAUGAUUGUGUUGAUGAAAUGAUAUCAGAUUUAGUAAGAGGAAAAUUGGCCACAAAUAUUAAAUUAUUAUUCGAACAUGGAUUAAGAAAAUCGGCAACCGUACUUGGUGGUAUAUGCCAUCCUUGGUUAUUUAUUGAAGAAGCAGUGAUGUAUACCAUUAAUAAAGAUUUUGAUAGUGUUUAUGCUCGAUUAAUAUUGUGUAAAACAUAUCGUCUCGAUGAAGAUGGACGAAUAUUGACACCAGAAGAAUUAUUAUGUCGAUGUAUUCGAUCUAUUAAUUAUACUCAUAAUUUAGCUCAUGCUCAAAUGGAUGUUAAAUUUCGUUCAUUUAUUUGUCUUGGAUUAAACGAACAAGUAUUACAUCUUUGGUUAGAAACAUUGUGUUCAUGUACAGAAAUCAUUAAUAAAUGGUAUUUACCUUAUUCAUUUUUAAGAUCACCAUGUUGGGUUCAAAUUAAAUGUGAUUUACGAGUAUUACAACAAUUUUCCUUUUCAUUACAACAAGAUUAUGAAUUACCACUUGGUUAUAAGCAACUUGAUGUUUGUUCAAGUGUAACAGACAUGUUAAUUAAACAUCAUUUAUUUAGUUGGGACUUAUAA